AUGGGAGAAUCAAGUCCACCACUCCGAUACGUUGAUAUCGGUAUCAACCUGAGCGAUCCGAUGUUCCAGGGCACAUAUCAUGGUAAACAGGCACAUGAGAGUGAUCUCGAUGACGUUGUAAAACGCGCCCAGGAAGUGGGCUGCGCCAAAUUUAUGGUGACAGGGUCCGACCUGGUCGAGUCUGCGCAAGCGAUCGAAAUUGCUCGCAAAUACCCCGGAUUCUGCUACGCAACGGUGGGAGUACAUCCCUGCCAGGCCAAACUAUUCGACGAAUACCCAGGAGGCGCUGAGUCCAUGAUCCAAGAACUUCGGAAAUUAGCUACCGAAUCAAGAGACUCCGGGCUAGCUGUUGCUUUUGGUGAGAUUGGUCUGGAUUACGAUAGGUUAUUCCUCAGUGAGAAGGCACCUCAGUUAAAAUACUUCGAGGCUCAACUCGAUCUUGCAGUGGAGCUUCAGAUGCCUCUGUUUCUGCACUCGCGAGCUGCCAGUGAAGACUUCGAGAGGUUAAUUGGAGCGAAACUCCCUCAGCUUCCAAAAGGUGGAUUGGUACAUAGCUUUACUGGGACUAUGGAGGAGAUGAAUCGACUCGUUGCUCUCGGUCUUGACAUUGGGGUGAAUGGCUGCAGUAUGAAGACCGAGGAAAAUCUGGAGGUUGUGAAAGCUAUCCCGUUAGAGAGACUUCAGAUCGAGACUGACGGGCCUUGGUGUGAGAUCCGGCCGUCCCAUGCCUCAGCCAAAUUUUUACAAGGAGCUCCGGAGCUGCCCAAGUCUGUAAAGAAGGAGAAAUGGCAGAAAGGCUGUAUGGUCAAGGGCCGUAAUGAGCCUGUUGCUAUUGUGCGCGUCGCCCACGUCAUUGCUCAGGUGAAGGGAAUCACCGUGGAGGAGGUUUGCGAAGCAGCGUGGAACAACUCUAUCAAGAUGUUCGGUCUUGGGGAGCAAUUAUAA